AUGAGUAAUAACUAGCUUAAAGAAAUUUAGAAGCAUAUGAAUAUAACAACAGGCAAUUUAAAUUCAAUUAAAGGACAUGUUUAAAUUAUGAGCUAGAAAGAAAAUAAAGACAAUGAAGAUCUUUAAUUAUUGUACGGAAGACUUUAGUAUUAAGUAAAAUAACUGGAGAUGGAUAUUAAAAAUCAAAGCAAUGCGUUUUCUAAAACAUUGAGUUAAACUGGAGGAUUUAAUUUAAACACUAAUGAGGGCAUUUAAAACGCAGCAACAAAGAUGAAAGGAGAGCUAUAAAAGUAUGAAAGAUAGAAAUCUUUCAAUGAAACCAAUCCUAUGCAUUUCUCUUAAUACUCAUCAGCAAAAGAUCUUAUGAGCGCAUCAAAAGGUUUUUUGAGUAAAACAGCAUUUUCAUAUUCUAUGAGCUAAACUAAUCGUUCCUUGCAAAAAGCCUAAAGCCAAACGAACUUUAGGAUAAGUGGACAAUCUGAGUUAAAUAGCAACACUUAAAGAAGUUUUUAUUAAACUAAAAACUCAUUAGCAAAACCUGGAAGAAUUUCUAAUACAGAUAUACUACCAAAACAUAUUAGGAAAAAUCCAUUUGCUGAUCUUCCUCCUAUUUCAGAAAAGGAUCUUUAAAAGGGUUUGUUUAAUUUAGUUAAUAUAGGAUUAAUUCCUAAAGAUUUAGAUUUGCUACCAGCUUUUAAUUAAGGUGCUCCAAUCCUUGAAGCAACAAAAAAAAUAUAAAUAUCUCCAGACUACAAGCUUUAAAAAGUUAACUUUCCAGAAAGAGAGUUUCCAGAAAAGUAUAAGCUUGACUAUAACAUAAAUAAUGCAAGUUCUAUAUUACCUCAAUCAAAUUUGCAUUAUUCAAUUUCUUAGCAAAAUAUGAAUCUAAUUUAGAAUCACGAAACUAACAUUUUUAUUACAGAUACUAAUACUCAAUCAAAAUAAAUACAAAGCUAGAAUCAAAUGAAAAAAAGAAAAUCAAACUUUAAAUUCAACACUGCAUAGUAUUUAUUAUAAAACUAGCCAGAGUAGCCAAAAUAAAUAGUGCACAAGGAAAUAGUUGUACAGAGGCGUUUUUAUUUAACAAUAAAAAAUGGAUAUAUCAUAAAAGGAGCUUAAGAUUACAAAGUUAUGAAAACACACUACACAGAAUAGUGGGGAAGUGUAAAUAGUCUGAUAAAAAAACUUGAGGAUCUAAGCAAAAAAUAUGAUAUUAAGCUUUUACAUAUUGAUGGAAUGAAACUGCUAGAAAUUGUGAAUGAUUUAACAAGAACAAGACUUGAUGAUUUAGUAGAAUGUGUUAUAAAUAAAGAUAUGAUUAAAAAAAUAAUUCCUGCCGAAAACAUGACUAGUUUCAGAGGAAAAGCAUGGGCAACAAUUAAAAUUCUAUGCAGUUUUAAGAUGAAAAAGGCAAUUAAAGAAUUAAAAAAAAUGAGAGAAAAACAAAACUAAAAUGCAGAAAAGAAAUGGAAAGUAAUGUUCUGGUUAAGAUACAUGAUAACAUAGAGAAGAAUAAAAUCAAUAUAAAAUGGAAAACUUUCAACAUAUUAUGCCCUGCAAGAAUCUUUCAAAUAAAACUAUUCAUAUAUAAUGCAGUCUAAAAGAAUCGAAAUUCACAUAAACAGUUUAUCAUAUGAUGAAUUCAAGAGGAAUACAACAGAGCAUUUUGAUUAAAGAGAAAGCAUUUAGCUUACUAGAAUAUUUUCUAUAAAGGAUCCAAAUAUAGAAGUUAUCAUAGUUUUACCUUAUGAACUGCCUCACGAAAUAAUAUCUUAUUAUUAUAAAAUAUGCGAAUUAGGAGACAUUAUUGACUAUAAAGAAAGGAUUCAUUUUAUAUUUCCAGAAAAUGCUCACUUAUUUCCAAAAUUCUCAACUGUUAAACUUUUAUACUAUUCCCCUUUAGCUUUAAAAAAAAUAAAAGACAUCAUUUAAAAUAAGAAUGCUUACAUAGUUCCUGGAGUUCCUUGCAAAGAAGAUAAUUUAGUUGGCAUGACAUUAAAAAUUCCUAUUUUUUGUGGAAAUUAUGAUAUUGUUAAUAACCUUUGCAAAAAGAGUUAGGCUAAACAGCUGUUUGAAGAAUGCAAGUUUCCAACAGCACCAGGUGCUGAAAAUAUAUUUGAUGAAGAAGAUUUAAUCAAUAAACUUACUAUUUUAAUUGCUAAAUAUUCAAAUGUCAAUACAUGGGUUUUUAAAAUAGAUGGAGAGUUUAAAGGUAGAGGUAUUGCCUUUUUCUCUCUUGAGUCAAUUAGAGUACUGAGUGAUAUUAGAAAGUAAAAGAAAGAAAUAGAUGAGAGCUAAGUUUCUAAAAUUAGAGAAAUAGUUUCUUCGUUACUUCCUAGUAAAACAUAAAUUGCUAUCCCAACAUUAUUCUAAAAUUAUCAGGAAUUUCUUUACUAUUUCUUAGAGCAUAAGGGUAUUAUUGAAGCAUCUCCAUUAUGUUCUAUGGAAGAAGUAGCUUCACCGUCUGUAUUUUUCCGUUUAGAUCCGGACGGAUAAACUCAAGUUUUAGCUUCAUAUGAUAAAAUCUAAGGUUAAGAUUUUGUUAACUUUGGUAACAUUUUCCCUUAAUAAUCUCUUCCCUCUUUGAAUUUAAAAUAAUUGUGCAGUUCUCUUGGAGAAAAGCUCUACCAGAAAGGUAUUUACGGCUAUAUCAGUGUAGAUAUGAUAGCUUUCCCAGAUCCCUCAAAUAAGUUAAAUCAUCCUCUUUUCUGGCUCAUAGGUCUUGACUGCUAUCUAAAUGAUUACUCUUCAGCUUUUUUUAUUUUUGAUUUCUUAUCUAAAGGAAAAAUAGAUAAAAUAACAGGAAGAUAUUAUUUAGGAGGAAAUAUACCAGAGAAAAUACUACCAGAGGAAAAUGAAUAAGAAAAUGAAGAUUCAGAAAAAUCAAAUAUCAUAGAUGAGUUUGAAGAGAGAUCUUUCAUGUAUAUCCCAUAUAUUUUCCACAGAGGUUUCAAUACUAUGGGAUACAGAGAUUUUUUCUAACUCUGCAGAAAGAAUUCUAUUUCAUUUGACAUCGAAAAGAAGCAAGGGUCAGUAUUCUUGCUGAUUGAUAACAUUGAAAACGGAGUCCUGAGUCUAAUGACAAUAAGUGAAAACUCUAGAAAAAACAUUAAAUUUAUGACUGAUGCCCUCAAUUUCAUACUACAAAUAGCAGGUGUUGUAUAGAGAAAGACACAAAAAGAUUUAUAUAAAAGGACUGAUCAAAUUUAUCUGAUGGACAUAAUAAGUAAAGUAAGAAAUUUGAAUAAGAAUAACGAAAAGCAGAUAAACUAUUUUGGAUCUGUCAAUAGUCCUUAAAAUAACAACCAAGAUAAAAGUUAUUGA